AUGUGGUGCACUGUCAGUUUCUGUUUCAGUAGCUCAUAUCCUCGUCGAGCUUCAACGUCUGCUCCGACAAAGAGCUACACAGAUAUCGAUAUAGAUUACAAGAGCUUUGAGCAUUUCCAGCGUACCAACAGGCAAAGAAAACAGUACCAUUCCCAUUUUGAUAUGCCGGAAGAGUUUUAUGCAGAAUUUGGUGGGAAGAGAAGGGAAUUCAAAAGCACAUAUGAGCCGUUUGCAAAAUCGAUACACAGAGAUAGUCGUGCUCGACAGCGGGAAGAAGAGGAGCGUCAACGGGAGAUUCAGCGAGAACAAGAACGACUGCAGGCCAAAUAUCCGAUUCCGACGUUUGAGCAGAUGUUGCGAGAAAAGCGGCGGAAGCAAGGAAGAGGAAAGUCGAAAGCAAGCAGCUGGUGCUCUCGGUUUGGCCACUGCUGCCGCUGUAAUAUAUUUCAUAGUAAAGAAAUUCUUCCGAUAGUUCAAAUAGUUUGUACAGUUUUCAGAGUAUAG